CGGACCCGCACCCCGGGGCCUCGUCAGCGUCCUCGGGCUGCCGAAGGGUUGGGAAACGGGCCCGAUGGUUUCCAGAUCCCCGGUGAGUCACGGGAGAGGCGGCAGCGUGAGACCCGUGGGGAACGGUGACCCCCCUCGCUGCGCCCUCGGCCCGCCCCGGACAUGAGGCUGAUCCGGGGAAGGGGCUGACCCCGCGUUCCCCGCCCGUUCCGGCCAUGGCCUCCCAGCCGCAGCCCCUCUGCCCCGCCGUGCCCCGCGCCUCCCCCGCGGGCACCGGGCCGGGCGGGCUGGCGGCCGGCAGCCCGGAGAAAGGCACCGCUCGCCCCAAGCCGCCCGUCCGGCCCAAGCCCCGCGUGCUGCCCAAGCCGGCCCUGCCCACCAAGCCCCCCCCGGUGCAGCCCCCCCCGCUGCAGCCCCCCCCGGCCCCGCGGCACCCCCGCCCCGAGCUGCCCUCUGCCGAGAAGAUGAACCGCCUGGCCGGGCCCCAGCCCUACAGUGGGGGCGGCGCGGGGGGGCCCCUCCGCCGCCCCUCCUUCACCCUCCGGGCACCCGAGACCCCCAACGGGAAGGGGCUCCCGUCCCCCACGGUCGCAGCUGCUGAGGAGCCGUGUCCCCCCCCCCAGCGAGGGGCUGCCCCCGCCCCGCUGACCCCUGCGCGCAGGGGCCCGGCCCCCUUCAGGGUGACGCCGGUGGGCACCAGACCGGAGCGAUUCCCGGGCACCACCGUGGAGGAGAUCCUGGCCAAGAUGGACAGGGAGGGCCUGGGGAGCCCAGAGCGAGCCCGGCUCUCACCCUUCUGCCCCGACCCCUCCCCUCGCUUUGGCUCCAAAACCUUCUCUGCCUUCCGGAGGCGGCCCAGUGGGGAGGGGGACAGAGCCCCCCCUGGCGAAGGCCCCCAGGCCCCCCAGCCCAUGGCGGGUGAGCUGGGGACAAGGAACGACGGGCACACAAUUCCUGAGACAAGCAGCAGCUCCCCGCCAGCCGGCCCCAGCGGUGCCGGGGACCCCCGCGGACGCCGGCGACCGCUGUCCCCCCCUGACCUUUCCUCACUCCAGCUGGGCACCCUCGGACCCCCCGGCUCCCCAAGACCCCCUGCCUGUCCAGCCCCAGCCCCGGGAGCUCCUUUCCAGUCUGCUGAGCCCUCUGCCUCAGCCCCUGGCUCCCCCGAUGCCCCCCCAGAACUCCCAGCCCCUGGCUCCCCGACACUGGCCCCUGGCUCCCCAGAGCCCCCUGCUUGGUCCCCAAUUGGGGUCCCAGCCCCAGGGGCUCCCUCCGCCACAGCUGAACCCCGGCUUGGUGCCUCCCACUCCCCCGGCUCUCCCCACACUCCCGGGGAGGGAUCCCCCAACUCUGCCAGCCCCCCUGGUACUCCCAAGCUGCACCCCAGAGUCACCUGCCCCCCCGGCUCUCCCGAGGCUGCUGCUGAGCACCCGGGCCCCCCCAGCCCACCUUCUGAGCCCCCUGCCAAAGCCUCUCGCCCCCCAGGCUCCCCAGAGGGACCCGAUGACUCCCCAGUGCCCCUGCAGUCCCCCAAGGGUCCUGAUGGCAGCCCCCCUACCCCCUCUAGGGACUUGGGGCUCUGGCACUCUGCAGAGGGGGUGUUGCAGCCCCAGAUGGCAGGGCAGGGCCUGGAGGGGCUGGGGGGCUCACUGAGUGCCCUGUCCCAGCCUAGGGGCCCCCUAUCAGAGCCGUCCCUGGGUAGUGGGUCCAGCUGGAGCCUCUCCCAGUCCUUUGAGUGGACGUUCCCCUCGCGGGGGGCACGGCAACUGGUGUCCACCCCCCACUCCCCCAUCCGGGAGACCACUGACUCAGGGCUGUCUGAGGAGGGUGAGUCGGAUGGGGCGGACCCGGCCCCCCACCCUCUGUGCUCCCAGGGUGACAGCAGCUCUGACGGGCCUGGCCCCAUGGUGGGGGGUCCUUGCCCAGGGGGUCCCAUCGCCCAGCGAGAGCCUGAGAGCUCAGCAGAGGAGGAGGAGGCAGAGCAGGAGGUCCCUGUGCCCUGCUUCCCUCUUGGUGUGAUGGAACCUGGCCGGGACCCAGCUGGGCCUGAGCCCCCUGUUGGGGAGGAUUGGGCCCCACCAGCUCCAGCCACUGCAGCCGACUGCCCCGGUAGCCUGCAGGGCCCCGGGGGGCCGGGCCAGGCCGAAGGACCCCCGCGGGACCCUGACCCCCACGGUGACCCAGGCUGGCUGACGGAGCUGCUGGCAUCGCCUGGCCCCCACAGCACAGGGCACAGCUCUCUGGAGGCACCAGAGGGCCUGCUGGGCUGGGCACGGAAGGACCUGUGCAGCGAGUUCGGCAUCGGCCACCCCGCCCAGGCCGGUGCCUUCGACUGGACCCGCGAGGCUGCGGCUGGGGACGGAGACUGGCCUGGUGAGAUGGAGCGGGACCAGGAAUUCGGGACCACACCAAGCUGGGACAGCACCCGCAGCAUCGAGAAGGGGGAGCGGCAGGACGGGCCCUUCAGCACCUCCCGGGGGGACUGGGGCAGCAGCCACGGAGGGACGGAGCUAGUGGGGGACGCGGGACGGGGCUGCAGUGAGUGGCCCCAGCCCCACGGUGACGGGGAGAGCAGUGUCCUGCGGGAUCCAGACUUGGGUGCCAGCAAAUCCACCUGGGGCACCAGCUAUAGCAGGGAGGAGAUGGGCUGCAGGGAGGCUGACUGGAGCCAUGGCACAGGGCAUGGCCAGCAGCAGGACCAGGAGCCCGGCUCUGGGCAGCCUGGCUGGGCCAGCAGGUUUGUCUCCAGGGACCUAGAGAGCCAGGAUGGGGAUGUCACGCCUGCCUGGGCUGGAAAGUAUGGCACCAGUGAUGUGGGGACAAAGGAAAGGGAACUCUCCCCAGGCUGGGCCAGUAAAUACAGCAGCAGAGAUCCUGACACCAAGGAUUUUACAUUGGGCUGGGCUGGCAGAUCCAGCACAGGGGACCCUGCAACCCCAGAGAAGGAGUUCAGCACCAGCAGAGCAGGGUGGGACAGCAGGUAUAGCAGCAGGGACAUGGAGAGCCAGGACAGGGAGUUCAGCCCCAGCAGACCAGCUCAGGCUGGUGAGUACAGUAAGAGAGACAUGGAGAGCCAGGACAGGGAGUUCAGCCCCAGCAGACCAGCUCAGGCUGGUGAGUACAGCAAGAGUGACACGGAGAGCCAGGACAGGGAGUUCAGCCCCAGCAGAGCAGCCGAGGCCAGCAAGGACAGCAGCAGGGACAUGGAGACCCAAGAUGGGGACUUCAAACCCACCGGAGUGGCCUGGGGUGACAAGCAGAGCAGCAGGGAAGUGGAGAGCCAGGAUGGGCAGUUCAGCUCCAGCAGCCGGCCCUGGGAUGAUGGAUAUAGCACCCAGGAUAUGGAGAGCCAGGACAGGGAGUUCAGUCCCAGCAGAGCAGCUGGAGCCAGUGAGCAGAGCACCAGGGACAUGGAAAGCUGGGAUGGGGAGUCCAGACCCAGCAGACCAGCCUGGGAUGUUGGAUACAGCACCCAGGAUGUGAAGAGCCAGGACCAGGAGUUCAGUCCCAGCAGAUGGGCCAAGGCCAGCGAGGACAGCAGCAGGGACAUGGGGACCUGGGAUGAUGGAUACAGCACCCGGGACGUGGGGACUGAGGACAGGGAUGGCAAACCCUGCACUGUGGCUGAGGCCAGCAAGCAGAGCACCAGGGAUGUGGACACUCGGGAUGGGGAGUUCAGCUCCAUCAGAGCAGCCUGGGAUGAGGGAUACAGCACCCGGGACGUGGAGAUCCAGGACAGGGAGUUCAGUCCCAGCAUCCUGACCUGGGAUGACAGAUACAGCAGCCGGGAUGCGGAGAGCCGGGAUGAGGAGUUCAGCUCCAGUGGAGCAGCCUGGACCAGCGAGGGCAGCAGCAGAGGGAUGGAGACAUGGGAGGGCAGGUUCAGCCCCAUCAGACCUGCUCAGACCAGUGAGGGCAGCACUGGAGACAUGGAGACCCGGGAUGGGGACUCCAAACCCAGCAGAGCAUCCUGGGAUGAUGGAUACAGCACCAAGGGCAUGGAGAGCCAGGAUCAGGAGUUCAGCCCCAGCAGACGGGCUGAUGCCAGCCAGGGCAGCAGCAGGGAUAUGGGGACUUGGGAUGAUGGAUACAGCACUCCGGAGGGGGAGUUCAGCCCAUGCAGACCACCCUGGGCCAGUGGGUUCUGCUCUGCCCAGGCGGAGCCGGCAGCCGGAGGGCGCGGAGCUGCCCAGCAGAGCUGGGCCAGUGACCACGGAGCUGGGCAGGCCAGCCCGGCCAGUGCCUCUGGUGCCAGGGAGGGUGAUGUCCCCAGCCCCCCAGCCCAGGGACCUGGCUGGGGUGGCACCAGCACCAGGGACUGGGCUGAGGGGCAGGGGGGGCCCGAGCGCCACAGCCCGUUUGACAUCGAGACAGAGCAGGUGCCAGAUCCUGGUGAAGCCUCCUGUGAUGGCUCCACAUCCUGGGCUGGUGGAGUGGGAUCCAGGGAUCUGAUGGAGCCCCUGGGGGGCUGGCGUGGGGGUCUCCCCUUCGGCAGCCCUCAGGGGGCCGGGCUGGCAGAGCCAGGCUGGAGCCAGGACCUGGAUGCAGCAGGACACAGCGCGGAGCUGCAGGACACCGAGGCCAAGCGCCAGGAAUGGGCCCGAGCCUUCGGCGCCCGCUGCGCCGCCCGGAGCCGGGAGCGGGAGCAGAGCCCAGGAGAGAGCCCUGGCAUGGGAUGGGGAAGCAUCUCAGACCCCAGCCUGCUGGUGGGCGACGCUCCAACUGCCCCCCUGCCUGCGGAGCCCCCCCAGAGUGAGCCGCUCAGUUCCACUGAGGAGAGGGAAGUCCCUGAGCCAGCUGCUGCCCUGCCAAGCCCCCCGGCCUGCCCUCCACCCCUGGGGGCUGCUGGUGGGGCCCUGCCAGACACGGAAUGUCAAGGAACCCCCUCGGACCACCCGGAUGGAAAGAGCCCACCAAGCUGGGAGGAGGAGGGGGUCCCCCAGCCUGAGGUACCCCCAGAUGCUGCUGGGCAGGAGUUCACCUUCCUGGAGGACACGGAGGUCCUGGACAGCCGCGUGUACCGCAGCAAGGCCAGCCUGGGCCGCAAGCGCAGCCCCCGGCCCCCUGCCCUGCGCCCCGGGGCCACCUCCCAGGGGGACAGCUGGAUCUUCCGGGACUCCACAGAGCCCCGGCCGUGCCCCCUGGCGGCAUCCUCGGAUGAAGAGGCGGUGGAGGAGCCCAAGAGCCGGCGGGCACGGGGGUCCCCCUCGGGCCGGGGGGUGAGGGUCCCGCUCUUCCCCAGCCUCAGCACCUCAGCUCUCAAGGCCAAGCUGAGGGGCCGGAACCGCUCAGCCGAGGAGGGGGCAGCGCUGGGGGACAGCAAGACCACCUCCCCCAGGGACCCCCACGUGCAGCGUUCCAAGUCCUGCAAGAUCCCCGGCUUGAGCGGGAAACCCCUGAUGCUGCCCCCCAAGCCGGAGAAGCCCUCGGGGUCUGACGCCUCCCCCCCCCACUGGCUGCAAGCGCUGAAGCUGAAGAAGAAGAAGCCAUGAGCAUGCUUCCUCUCCCACCAGCGCGUCCCUGAGGCUGUGGCCGCUGUCCCCGGAUCAGGCCCGUCCCCUCCCCGUGUCGGGACACACACACACAUCUAUGCACUUUGCACGAUGCUCGCAGGGUUCCCAUCCCCCUCCCCGGCCCCCCCCCACCAUCCUCCUUCCCCUUGGGGGCUGGGGGGGUGGCCCUGCCCCCUCCUCCCCUGCCCCCCCUGCUCCUGUAUCACCUUCAGACAACGAGCAGUGGGUCGGGACUGUGGUGCCAUUCGGACAGGACAAUAAAACUCCGUUGGUUGGUU